AUGUCGAAAUAUAAUACCUGCGAAGAGAGUUAAUGAUUGAAUUCAAGUAUCUUUUACCAAAUUUAAAUGAGUCAAUUUAUCACGAUACAAGUUGGACAAUGUGGAAAUCAAAUUGGCUCAACAUUUUGGCCUCUGGCUUUACACGAAUACGGCAUACAAACAACGAAUACUGGGAUGAAUUUACUUAAAACGCAACGAAAUCGUAUUAAAAAUAUGAACGAUUUAUCCGCUGCGUUUGACAGUUUCUUUACUAUACCUGAUAAUUUGCAGAAUUCAUGCUUCAAGAGUAUAACUGAUCUAAAAGAUGCUAAAGUCAAAGCAAGGGCAAUUCUAAUAGAUAUGGAAGAUAGCGUAGUAGCUGGAUUAAGAAGAGGUCCCAUAUGUGAUUUAUUCGAUCAAACUUGUGUCGUAACAAAUUAUCCAGGAUCUGCAAAUAAUUGGGCUGUGGGUUAUUAUACUCACGGGACAGAAUAUUAUGAAAAAUUGGAAGAUACUAUAAGACGUAUGGUAGAGAAAUGUUCUAAGCUACAUGGUUUUCUAAUUAUGCAUUCUCUCGGAGGUGGUACCGGUUCUGGAUUAGGAACAGCUGUUUUAAAGUUGUUGGCCAAUAAUUAUCCUACCAUAGAUAGGUUAGUAUCUUGCAUAUAUCCGAUCGUGGUGCAAGAUGUUGUUACAGCUCCUUAUAACAUGUUAUUAGCAACACGAGAACUUAUAGAAUACGCGACAUGUGUAUUUCCUAUUGAAAAUGAAUCACUUUUGGAUAUAUGCAAUGCUGAAUUAAGAAAGAGGGAAAACAUGGAUCAGAUAAACUAUAACAUCUCGUGUAAACCAUUUCAAGAUAUGAACAGUAUCGUUGCAAAUAUGCUUCUUCAUUUAACUAGCGGAUCAAGAUUUCCUGGUAAUUUAAAUAUGGACAUGAAUGAAAUAGCAACGAAUCUCAUAGCAUAUCCAAAGUUACAUUACAUAUUUAGCAGCUUUAGUCCAUUGGCGUUAUCUGCACCAACGAUGUGCAGCAUGCAAGGAACAAAGCUACUAGAUGAUCUAUUUACCAAUGCAUGGUCGCGAAAGAAUCAAUUAAUUAAAGUAGACCCGUUACAAUCAGGUUCUACAAUUUUAAGCGCCGCACACAUUACCAGAGGAAAUUGUUCUGUAAACGAUUUAAAACGAAACAUCGAGAGAUUUCGGAAAAAAGUUUCGUUCACGGGAUGGAGCAGCGAGGCGAUGAAAGUAGGUUUGUGUUCUGUACCUCCAGCCGGACAUUCAACCUCCUUGCUGUGUCUUUUAAAUUCUUCUGCGAUGACAUCGUUAUUCGAAAAUAUAAUAAAACAGUUUAGCAGGCUGUAUAAGAGAAAGGCACAUGUAUAUCAUUAUACGCAAGUACGUGGUUUCGAAGAAACGCAUUUCAUGGAUAGUAAAGAGAUAAUUUCAAACCUGAUUAUGCAAUACGCAGAAUUACAAAAUGAAAAUGAAAAGAGUAUCCCCCGAUUACAGAUCGUUUAAAAUUUUCGAUUAAACGAUUUUAUUUAUUAAUCUCAGCUAUACAUUAACAACCGGAACAUAACGGUGUAAGAAUAAGAUAUCUAUCGACAAGAACGAAAUUACGUUACUCGAAUGGAAUCGAGGGUUAUUUGGGGGAAUUUGCAUCGAUAAAUUUGGAAAUUUGAAAUAUUUAGUACGCUAUACCACGACAUACGUAAAAGGAUAUUAAAA